AUGCAGCAGGCGCAAAGUGGCUCCCAACCCCACUCGUUGAUGGACUUGCGAGUGGGGAACAAAUAUCGGAUAGGUCGCAAAAUUGGGAGUGGGUCAUUUGGUGACAUUUACCUGGGCACAAACAUCAUAAACGGUGAAGAGGUUGCAAUAAAACUCGAAGCGGUCAAGGCAAAGCAUCCUCAACUUGAGUAUGAAGCCAAGGUGUACAAAAGUCUCGCGGGUGGCGUCGGCAUCCCAUUUGUUCGAUGGUUCGGCAUCGAAUGUGAUUACAACUGCAUGGUCAUCGAUCUGCUGGGUCCCAGCUUGGAAGACUUGUUCAACUUCUGUGGGAGGAAGUUCACCUUGAAGACUGUCCUGUUGCUAGCAGAUCAACUGAUCUCGCGCGUCGAGUACAUCCACUCGAAGAACUUCAUACACAGAGAUAUUAAGCCAGACAACUUCUUGAUGGGGCUCGGAAGACGCGGAAACCAAGUGAACGUGAUCGAUUUCGGACUGGCGAAGAAAUAUCGCGACCCGAAAACACAUCUGCAUAUUCCAUACAAGGAGAACAAGAACCUGACAGGCACAGCUCGAUAUGCGAGUAUCAAUACUCACCUGGGAGUCGAACAAUCGCGCCGCGAUGAUCUCGAGUCUCUGGGCUAUGUUUUGAUGUACUUUUCCCGAGGCUCGUUGCCGUGGCAAGGGCUGAAAGCGGCAACGAAAAAGCAAAAGUAUGACCGUAUCAUGGAGAAAAAGAUGACAACGCCCACCGAAGUGCUGUGCAGAGGGUUCCCGAACGAGUUUGCAAUGUAUUUGAACUACACAAGGCAAUUGCGCUUUGACGACAAGCCCGAUUACAGCUACCUCCGAAAGCUGUUUCGAGAUCUCUUCAUCCGUGAGGGCUACCAAUAUGAUUAUGUCUUUGAUUGGACAGUGGUUAAGUAUCAGGUUGGUUUUCUACAAUGUUUUGGCAAAUCGCGAUGUGCGACAGUUUUCUGA